AUGGAGGGGUAUCUGGAGGGGUAUCUGGAGGGCUAUAUGGAGGGGUAUCUGGAGGGGUAUCUGGAGGGGUAUAUGGAGGGGUAUCUGGAGGGGUAUCUGGAGGGCUAUAUGGAGGGGUAUCUGGAGGGGUAUCUGGAGGGCUAUAUGGAGGGGUAUCUGGAGGGGUAUAUGGAGGGGUAUCUGGAGGGCUAUAUGGAGGGGUAUCUGGAGGGGUAUCUGGAGGGCUAUAUGGAGGAGUAUCUGGAGGGGUAUCUGGAGGGGUAUAUGGAAGGGUUUCUGGAGGGGUAUCUGGAGGGCUAUAUGGAGGGGUAUCUGGAGGGGUAUCUGGAGGGGUAUUAUGAAAACACAAUAUAA